AUGGCUAUGGACGCCAAAGAGAUCGAAGCUAAGGCCAAGGCCCUGGGCAAGGCCGCGACAUCGAACGAGUCUCCAGCUGUGAUCCUGGGCCUGCUAAAGGACAUUCAAACCGGUGUCCGGGCAACCGAAGACCUCCUCCGACAAACGCGCAUCGGAAUCAUCGUCAACAAGUUCAAGCAAAGCAAGACCCCGGAAGUCGCACGGCUCUCCAGCGAGAUUGUCUCCAAGUGGCGGACGGAAGUGAACAAGCAAAAGCAGGGCGGUGGUUCAGCAGCCAGUCGGGGCUCGAGCGGCUCUCCACGACCAGCCCAAAAUGGUACAGGGGCAUCCACCCCAGCUGCUGCUACACCCUCAGACAAGGCGUCGAAGCUAUCCGUGCCUCCGGAUAAGCGAACCUGGAAGGCAGACGGGGCGGAGAUCAAUCAUACCGGGAAUCGAGUGCGUGACAGCUGCACGGGGCUGAUGUACGAUGGACUGUGUGUGGGUUCGACCGAGUCUCCGAAGACUGUUCUAUCGCGCGCCAUUGCAGUGGAGGUUUCCGCGUACAAGUACCUUGGACCGGAGACGAAGGAGGAAUACCGUACGAAGAUCCGCAGUCUUUUCCAGAACCUGAAGAACAAGUCGAACCCGAAGCUGCGGGUGCGCGUUGUCGAGGGAGAGAUUACUGCUGAGCAAUUUGUGCGCAUGACGCAUGACGAGCUACGCUCUGUCGAGCAGCGCGAAGCGGAUGCUAAAAUUCAGAAGGAGAAUAUGGAUAAGGCUAUGGUUGCCCAGCAGGAACGCAGUAUCAGUAAGAGUUUGCAGUGCGGAAAGUGUGGUCAGCGCAAGGUUACCUACACCGAAGCUCAGACUCGCGCGGCUGAUGAACCGAUGACUCUGUUCUGCCUCCUAGAGCCAAUCUACGACUUCCUAGAUGCCCUAACAAACCCAACCCCAACGACCCCCAACGACCUCCUCUCAACCUUUACAACUUCCCCAAAACCCCUAGUCCACGAACACGGUCUCCCACAACUAGCCCCCUUCCUAGGCCGGCAAUUCACCGGCCAAGAUGGGGUAGCAACUUACUUCGAGCUCAUUUCCUCCCUCCUGUCUAUCAAGAACAUGGUCUUUGAGCCCGAGGAAAGCUGGGUGGUUGAUGCAAGCUGUAUGGCUGUUUCGUUUCGCGGAAAGGCCACGUUUGUCUGGAAAGAGACGCGGCAGGCGUGGGAUGAGACGUUUGUUUAUCGUAUUAAGCUUGCGGUUGAUGGUGGGUCUGCGGAGGAGAGGUUGGCGGUUUGUGAGUAUCAGGUUUGGGCGGAUACGGGGGCUGCUUAUCUUGCUAGGCGUGGGAGGUUGGGGGAUUUAAUAGGGUCUGAGGGUAGUGAUGGUAGUAGUGAGGGGAUCUAUGAGAUUAUGAUGUGA